GUGUUAAUCUCACUCUUAUCUCAUGUGUCAGACUUGAAAUACAAAACCUACUCACCGUACGACUUUAUUUCGCAUCUUCUCAGUUUUAUUUGUGUUAUAUUUGUGUUAUAUAAAAGCGAAUGUUAGCAGUUAAGUAAUAUCCGGAUCAGAUCAGCUACAUUAAGAUAUCACUGCACAGUGUUCAGUGUACACUACACUUAACUGUAAUAUCAUGUGGAAUCUGAGAUUACUGCUAGGAGUCCUCAUAAUCGGUACAGUACACUCUAUCUACAAAGCAGUUAACGUUACACGGACCGACAGCACUCAGAUAAGAGCAACUCUAGUAUCUCCUGACAAGGAGAUGAUAUCUCCUCUAAGUGUGAUCAUAUCUCUGGAGAGUGAAGCUAGAGUCAGGAUCAAGAUACUGGAUCCUAAUAACAAGAGAUACGAAGUACCGUAUCCAGAUACCGACGAGAAGAUAAUAUCCAACACAGAACGGAGAUACAAGGUGUCGAUUACUGAGUCUCCCUUCUCAGUUCAGAUACAUAGGUCAGACGAUGAGAGCCUCAUAUUCGACACCAGCUCACAAGAACUGGUCUUUCAGAACCAGUUCCUCAAAAUAGGAACGACACUACCUAGCACAAUAUUGUACGGUAUAGGAGAGGAUUCGGCACCUCUACUCAGGGACAUGGAUAAUAAGAUACACUCUCUCUGGACACAAGGGGCUUACUACCUACAGGGACAGGGAGCUAACUUAUACGGGUCCCACCCCUUCUACCUUAACAUUGAGUCAGCGGGCAGUUCUAGGAGUAACGGUGUUUUGUUGAUGAACUCUAACGCAAUGGACAUACUCUUAACAAAGACUCCUGUUCCCUCUGUGACAUGGAAAACUAUUGGGGGCAUAUUAGACUUCUCCAUCUUCGUAGGAAACAACCCUCUAGAUGUAGUGAGACUCUACACAGAACGUGUUGGUAAACCUUUCCUUCCUCCCAUCUGGUCACUGGGGUUUCAUCUUUGCAGGUGGGGAUAUAACAACACGGAGUAUAUGGAGAGUGUGAUGGCGGAUAUGGUGCUACAAGGGGUUCCAGUAGAUGUGCACUGGAAUGAUAUAGACCACAUGGACCAGUAUGAGGACUUCACACUGAGUAAAAGGUUUGCAAAGUUACCAGAGUACGUGAACAAACUGCACAAGUCAGGCAAGAAAUACGUGAUGAUACUGGACCCUGCUAUACAUGCUCGGUUCGGUCAAGGCUACGAACCUGCAGACAGUGGGUUACUGAAGGAUGUGUUCAUCAAGAACAGUACAGGAGAGUUACUGAUCGGAAAUGUGUGGCCUGGUGACACUGUGUUUCCUGAUUUCCUUCACCCUGGCACAGCAGAUUGGUGGAGCAAUCAACUCACUAAGUUCUCUAAAACUGUGCAGUACGAUGGCAUCUGGAUAGACAUGAACGAACCAGCAAGUUUCUAUGAUGGGUCUAGUGUGGGCUGCCCGUGGAGUGACACACUGGAGGAACCUCCUUAUCUCCCAGGGGUCCGGAGCAGCCUGCAGUGGCAGACUCUCUGUAUGACAGCCCAACAGCACCAGUACUUCCAUUAUGAUGUACACAAUCUGUAUGGGUGGUCGGAGUCACGUGCAACACGCUCCGGUCUGCUCUCCCAGCGCCCCAGUAACAGAACCUUCGUAUUAUCGAGGAGUACGUUUGUUGGAAGUGGACGCUGGGCUGCUCACUGGACUGGAGAUAUUAGGUCCACCUGGUCAGACAUGAGGGCCACAAUACCAGGCCUGAUAAACAUGAACAUGUACGGUAUACCCCUAGUGGGGGCGGAUAUCUGCGGGUUUGAAGGAGACAGUAACAAAGAACUCUGUAUCAGGUGGAGUCAGCUAGGAGCUUACUAUCCUUUCUCCCGCAACCACAACACUAUCUUCGCGAUACCUCAGGAGCCCACUGCAUGGGGUACAGAGGCCACUGCUAUUAUACGCCGCGCGCUGCUGUACCGCUACCGGCUCAUCCUCUACCUCUACAACCUGUUUGUACAGUCACACUCAGACGGAACCCCUGUUAUGCAGGCUUUGUUCAUGCAGUUUCCUGGGCAGGAGUUUACUUACGACCUGGACAGGCAGUUCAUGUUAGGAGCAGGUAUAAUGGUGUGUCCAACACUAGAAGAAGGAGCAGAGACAGUGUGGAUCUACUUUCCCCCUGCCACGUGGUACUCAGUGUGGGAUCUAGAGUUGGUCUCUGAGGGUGGGGAGGUGGUGUCCCACUUCCCCGCACCACUAGAUACUAUCAACGUGUUCGUUAGAGGGGGCACUGUGUUACCUGUUGUUAUAGAGACAGAAGGGGAGACCCCCACAGCUGAACAAGUCCUGAGCUCGCCCCAUAUCUCAGUGCACUGUUACCUUGAUCAGGAGGGGGAGGCGACUGGGACACUGUUUGUAGAUGACGGUUAUAGUGAGGAUAGGAACAGACCGGUACACCAGGUGAAGUUCACAGUGUCCCAACAACAACUCACUAUCUCACCAGUAACUACAGGUGAGAUGGUGAGAGUGGUGAGCAGUGUUAAGAUAGCUGGAGUGGUGCUGGUUGGUGAGAAAGUAGAAGUGCUGGUAGGGGCUGGAGUACAACAACAUGUUAGUUACAACUCUGACACUCUGUUACUUACAGUCUACCAGCUAAAGGGAGAGGCUGGUAUACCUCUAACUACUGAUACUGAUAUUACUAUUACAUGGAGGGUCGCUCGAGGAAACUAUUAAAUUUUACUCUGUGGUAUCAUGGCUUUUUAAAAUUAUAUUUUCCACGUAAAUAAACUAUAAGAAUACAUUGAUUAAAUACGUUAACAAUAGGUAUAAUGUAUAUUAUACCUAUUUUUCAACGUAAAAUUCUAAUUUCUAUUGUAUCUCUAUACUUAUAUAUUAUGUUUUUCGUCAUUUUUUAUUGAACAUAAUGGUGUUGAAUUAAUGUUUGUUUUUAUUGAGUACAUCAACAGUGUAAAAUUGCAUCUU